CCCUCGCAGCCUUUAGUCCAGCUCUCAUCCAUCUGUUUGGCAGCAGUCCAUUUCCCCCUGUCCUCCUCCGACUUUUUCUGUAGGACCGGCGGGCAUGCUGGGAGUUGUGGUCCCUCCAACUGUGCCCUUGAUCAAAUGCUAACCCUCUUAGCACGUGACGUAUGUUACCUCGGACCGAAUCGAAAACUAUUCUGAAAAAACUGCCUUUUACUUUAGCAAAGUUUUUUUUUUUUUUUUAAGGAUAUUCUAUAGUUUAGUCACUGAAACUUGGGAACUUCACUGGACAACGUAAUUGACAAAUUUCAAACAAAAGUGUGCAUUAUUGUACAUUGCAUAUCAUUUUCAGGUCUGAAAAGGCAUUGAGACCAUCAUGGGACACUAAAAGUCUCAGCCGAAAACCAAACCAAUGUUUUUAUCCCCCGGUUUUGCUGCUGUGCGAGGCAGCGAAAGCCACCACCUGCUCGGUUUAAUGCGCUGGUAUUUUUAAACCGAGGCAUUAAUAAACAAAAAACAGUCCCGCAACGAUAUAUUAUUCACUAAAAACGCACCAAAAAUACGCCGGCAGGCGAUACAAUCUGUUUCCCGCUGCGAUCCCCGGGGGGGAAGCUGCCGUAGAGAUGGAUGGCAGCGACUAUAAAGGCCGGCGCUGGCGGAUGACUGGUAAGCGCGUCGUCUCCGGGCGGACGCGCGGGGAUGUGUUGGGACCGCUGAGGUGUGCCGCCGUGGAGCUGUUGAGUCCUGAACCGCAGAGAUCAGCCCGGGCGUUGGAGAUGUUCCUGAAGUCCCUGUUGACCAAAGCCUGUCUGAUAACUCAGUCGAAGCUCAGCACGGUCGUGUCUGUAGCCCACAUGAAGCAGUGCAUAGAGUCCGAGAAGCUCUUCCACUUCUUGAGAGACCUGGCGGAGCGAGCGACAUCUACGGCGGCCCUGAAGGACAGCAGAGGCAUGAGACCAGACGUCAUGAAAUAUCCGUUAAAAAAGCGCCUGACGUGGGUGAAAUGGCGCCGCGAAGGAGCCUCGACUCACUUGACAACGACUCAAGCUCCAGCGAGUCGGAGCUCUACAUCUGCUUAUGACUGUGAGUGCACAGCCAGAGGAAACUGCUGUGACCAUAGCAGUCGUUUCAUCCUGUCUUUUUUUUUUUUUUUCUUUAAAAGUUUCUUUAUUUUAGCUUUCCUGUUUCUGGGCACCAUGUUAGGAAAAAAAACGGUGAUAUUCACCUUUACAAGGUAAAAGCAGGCGUCAAUAUAAAAGUUGUUUUGGGAAGAAAUAAAUUUAAGUUAUGUGCUAUGUUUGCUAAAAUUAUGUUUGUGGAAAAAUCUUUCUUGGAAAAAAAAAGGGGCUUUUUGUUAUUAGGCCAUUUGUCUUUUUGUUUUUUUAGGACAUGAAAGUUAUCAAUUUAAAUUGUGCAAUAUGAAGUUCAAAACUUUUUGGUUGAUCGGGAAAUUUUUGUAUUACUUUGUGCAGCACAUUUAACAGCUUUUGUAUUGCAGCUGAACUGAUGAUGUUACUACUUAGAUCACAGGAUAUUUAGUUUGUUUUUUUUGCACAUAUUCCAUUUAGAAUUGAACAAUGUUGCGUAUUGAAUUGUUUUCCAGCGAGAAAUGAUCUGAAAAUGUGACCUGCAGUGAUCUUUAAAACCAAACCAAGUGCUUACUUUGCUGAGUAGUGGCCUUUGUGGUUUCUAUGUUGAGCGUUCAAUUUUUAAAGCACCUGUAAGUUUAUGUUUUAAAGGCAGAAAACAUUUGUAUAUGAAAUGUGAAAAUAAACAAU